CCGUCAGAGAAAUCUGAUUAAAAUUAACAAACGACUCGUGCUUUAAUUGCAACGAAGAAUUUUUUUCGACAAAGAAGGAAUUUCUACAAAAUGGUGGUGGGGAAAAAGAGUGCAGCCUAUGUGGUGAUCUUUUUGGUGUUGCUUGCCUGCUGUAUACAGGAAUCGGAAGCGACCAGACGCGUGUUGCGCGGACGUAGAACACUUACGCGUCGCUAUUUCACCGGUCUCGCCAUUCCUGGCUGGCUAUUGCCUGUACUCAUAGGUAUUGGUGAACUUGUUCUUGGCGGAGCGCUUUAUUUAGUCUUGAAUCGUGUGAUUCUUGCAAAGUCUGUGCAGGAGACAAGCACUUAUACACCAGCAAAGCAACAUGAAGUUUAACGGAAAGCUAUCAAGGAAACUUUUAAGAAAAAAAAUGUUAAAUUUUAAUAACAAAAAGCAACGGACGUACCUACAACGAUACUGAUGAGAGUGAACUACAAAGUCUACCCAGGCUUAACUACAUGAAUAUAGAAAGACUAGCCGAUUCAGCGAUGGAGUAGUCUUGGCAAUAAAUAUUAAUGACAAUAGCAAAAAUAACUGGAUAAAUAACAGGAAAUAGCUGCUAUAGUCAGCUUCAGUGCACUAAUCUUUUUUGUAGCAUUUUUACAACCUAAAACAUAUCGAUCUUUGCCGAUCCAAAACACUUGUGUUUCGGUUUACUUUUGUACAAAUUUGAGCAUCCCAUCUCAUUCACAACUCACAUAUGUAUAUGUAUUAGUAUUAAAUAUCAUUUGCUCUUUCUAUACAAAUACAUAGUGCAUACAAACACUUAUUAACGACCGCUA